UAAAACUCGAAAUCAUCGCCCGCUCAAAAUUUUCGGUAGGGAGGGAAAAACCAAAAAUCAAAAACUUUUCUUCUUUUGAUAAUCUCUCACUUGUUCCAAAGACGAAAAGCUUAAAACUUUGAGAGUCUUAGUGAUAAACAAAACUCACACUCCCAUAAACUAGUUUCGCCAUAUCAGAUCAAUUUUUUUUCUUCAGUUUGUGUUGAGCUUCUGGAUAUGGCGGUGGUGAGCAAGAAUCAGUCCAAGGAACAAACACCAAAUCCUGGUAUUACAGAACCAAGGAUCGAAGAUUCCACCUCUGGAAAAACUUGUCACCAGUGUCGACAAAAGAGAACUGAUCUUGUUGGAUCUUGUGUGACCAAGAAGAAAGACAAGUCAUGUCCGAUUAAGUUGUGUACCAAGUGCAUAGUGAACAGGUAUGGGGAGAAUGCAGAAGAGGUUGCGUUGAAGAAGGAUUGGAUUUGUCCCAAAUGCAGAGGCUAUUGUAACUGUAGCUACUGCAUGAAGAAACGAGGACAAAAGCCUACCGGGAUAUUAGUACACACUGCUAAGAAGACUGGGUUCUCUUCUGUCUCUGAGCUUUUGAAAACUAGUGGUUCUGACAAAUACUUUUAUACAAAGAAGGAGAAACCGGAAGGUGUUGUUGUAACUUCACCACUGAAACUUGAGCAGGAGAAUUCUGUUGAACAAAAACAGGUUAUUAUUAAAAAAUCGAGAAAAACUAAACGUGAAGAGCUUAAGGAUUUAAACAACGGCUGCAGCGAUGAGAAUGUUGUGGUGAAAAAGAGUAGUCCAAAGAAGAUCAAGAUUUCUGAAUCCGUUCAUGAGACAGAAGUUACCAAGAAAAACAAUGAGAAUGCUGUUGUGAAAAAGAGCAGUCCAAAAAAGAUCAAGAUUUCUGAGUCUGUUCCUGUGACAGAAGUUACCAAGAAAAUAUUGGUAGAAGGAAAAAAGAAAAAGACUACUGCUAAAGAUAUCAAGGAAAACAACGUAGCAGACAAAAUCAAAAGAAUCAAACCUGCUCUCAAAAAGAAAGAAGAGGAUCAGGUUGAGGAGGUGAAACUACCUCAGGGCAAUAGCUCAAUUACUGUUUCUGGCAUUGACUUGGCUCCUGAAGAUGUUGGAAAUGUAUUUCAGUUUUUGGAGUUUUGCUCAGCUUUUGGGAAGGCUCUUGAUUUAAGGAAAGGGCAAGCUGAAUGUGUGAUUCGUGAAAUGUUAUCUGGGCGAAGUAGAAGGAGACAACAAUACUCUACACUCACCCAGAUGAUAAUCCAACUACUUACUGUGAUAUUAGAGGAUAGAGGAGAAACCUCGGUUGGCCUGACGGCGACUGAUGCUAGUUGGUUCACUGCAAUUGGAGAAUGUCUUUCAGAAUCAGAAGUUCAGCUAGAUGAUUUCCCUCCUGAAAUGUUUAAAAAAGGCAUUUCUCAGUAUGAGAAGUUGAAUUCAUCAAAAAGGCUUCAGCUUUUGAAUUUCUUAUGUGAUGAGACGCUUGGCACAACGGUUAUGAGAAAUUGCAUUGAUAGCCAAAAUCUUGAAUCUAUUGAAAGGAAAAAGGAAGCUAAAGAAAAGAUCAAUGCAGCAAAAGAUAAGGAGAAAGAACUAAAGCAGAAAUUGCAAGAUGAGUUGGCCCAAGCAGUAAAAGAGAAAAACGGGAUUCCAUUGUUGAUAACAGAACAUGAUGCUAUUGUCUCGCGAAUAAAUGCUGAAACCCAAGAAGUUUAUUCUGAAAUGCAAAACGCAAUAAGCAUGCUAUCGAAAAAGAGUCAAGGAAGUGAUGAUGCUGUUAGAACCAACCCGGGCGAAUUGGAUGACAAUGGUCGUAUAUUCUGGACAUUGAAGUCUUACAGUGAUGAGCAAAACAUGUUGCUUCAAGAUUUAGGAAGCUGGAAUGAAGUAUGUCCUCAUGAAAAAUGGUUCUCCUUCAGCUCUGAGCAAAAACCAGAGAUCGAGAAAUACAUCUCUUUCAUAAGGAUGAAACGGCUUCGAGCACAAAGGAAUGCAAAUACUAUUAUUACUUAAUGAUUCUCUUUGGCUGUGAGGUGAGCACAUAAGAACAUGAUUCUGCUAGGCGAAAAGCGGAAGAGGUAAAAGGCUGACUCAAAACUCUUAAACAUGUGAUUUUGAAUCACAUUGUGUAUUGAUUUAUAUGAACACCCCAUAAAGCUCUGUUUGUAUGAUAUGUUCAUUACUUCAUUCGGAUUCCCUAAAUUAUUAAACAAUCUUGAUAGUUAUGAUAAGCUUUUAACCCUCCAGUAA